AUGGCAGAAGCCGUAGGCACGGCCCUGGCCGUCGUCGGCGUGCUGGGCCAAGUUUUCGACGGCUGCGUCAAGGCCUACUCGUACUUUAGCCGGGCGGCCUCGUUUGACGCCGACAGCCAGCGUCUCGUCUGCAAGGUCCGGAUCGAGGAGACGCGGCUCGUCGUGUGGGGCCGCGAGUGGGGAGUCGCCGAGGGUCGUCUCGAAAAGCACCUCAGUCAGGUGGACAUUGGGGGUGGCGGAGGCGGUGUUGGUAAGCUUGUGGAUGGUGGUGGCUCGGGAGGGAGUGGUGGACUUUUGCGGAACAUGGCGCUCGAGAUAUUGAAUAAUCUCCACGCCACUAUUACCGAUGUACAAAAGCUCAAGGGCAGGUAUGGGCUCGUGGAUGGGGACGAGAAAGAUGGUGGAAAGAGGAUGGAACCGUCAGCCCGGAGGUCGAGUAGUGAUGUACGAAAUGUCGGCGAUAAAAUGAAGGGCUUGACUAUCAGAGCGAGAUGGGUUGUUGCCGGUGAGUUGGUUAUUAUUCAAUCCUUCUACAAGACGGCAAGACUGAGAUUCACAGACAAGGACAAGUUUGAUUCAUUAUUAGCAGACCUCAAACAUUUCAAUGAUGGCCUGGAACAGUUAUUUCCCGCCUCUCGAAUACCAGGCGUACAACGGACUUGGGUUUUUGAAAUGCUUCACGCAGCCAAGGACGUGGAACAGCUGAGCGUGCUGGAAAAGGCCUCGGAUGAGACAUAUCCCAAGUUGAACGCAUCCGCCAGCCUCAAGAAACUGCGCGUCAACCUCGACAGCACGCCCCAGCAGAAAUUCCGGCCUACCUAUGCGCUCAAGGUACAAAGGCAUGCGCUGAAAUUAUCAGACACUGAUACCAAAAGGAGCGAAGCCUUUCACGACCCCAAGGGCAACGUCAUCAUCGAAUGGGUCGACUAUGACAAGGAGGACCUUGAUGGACGUGUCGUCCACAUGCGCCGGCUCGACGACCUUGCUCGGAUAAUGCACCUGGCUGUAGACCGGCAUCCGGAUCUGCACACGAUAGACUGUCUGGGCUACACGGACGAUACCGCCAUGAGCCGGUACGGACUCGUCUAUCGGGCUCCGGAGCCAUCGUACUCGACGCUGCACAAGCUCAUAUCUACCAACGAGUUCAAAACACCCGAUCUCAAUGACAGAAUCCGACUGGCGCACACACUUUCGGUGGCGCUCUUGUCUCUGCAUUCCCUCGAUUGGCUGCACAAGUCACUGUGCUCCAAUAACAUCCUCUUCUUUCCCUCUCCCUUUUCGGCCUCGGCUACGAGAGCAACCGCGUCAGCAGCCUUGGUACCAGACAUUUCGAAUCCGUACCUCGUAGGCUUUGACGCUUCGCGGCCCGAGCUGGACACGGAAAUGUCUGUAGCCCCCAAGAACCCUUCGAUUCUCGACUUGCAUCGGCAUCCAAAAUCACUCAGUGGACCGUCGCGCAGACCAUACUGCAAGAGCUAUGACCUCUAUAGUCUGGGACUGGUUCUGCUAGAGAUUGGAGACUGGAAGGUCCUGCAGACGUACUAUCGACCGCACUACUCGGCCGAGCGCUGGCGGGACAAGAUCAUCUUGCCACAGCUUUUGCCGCGCCUGGGAGCCAAGGUUGGACGGCUGUACCGCGACCUUGUCGAAAAGUGUCUGACGGCCAAGGACGAUAUAUCGAGCGAGGAUGCCGCCCAACUCAUGGAAGAAGUCGUAGCAACGUUGGAAAAAAUCAACGUAUAA